AAUAACAGCCCCAACUUGUUCUAGACAAACGCCAGCCUACGAUUCAAAGGAACAACACAGUGCUUAAGUCUUUGGAUUUCUUUUCGAAUGGCUCAUCAAGUGGCUUUGACGGAGGCCGAUGAUAUUCCUCAUUAGGCAACAUCGUUGGAACUUGGCAGCAGUCAGUGCCGCAGGCGGUGCGCAGCGAUGAACUUAGCAAGUCCCACAACUUCACAAUCUUCCAUGACACCUGAAGCUUUUGUUCUUCUUAACAUUCCCGACGUCACAUUGACGGCUUCGGGAAAUUCGCAGUCCGGAGUGCUUGCCUUGGAAUGCGUUACCGCCCAGGCGGGUGGUGUGCACCACGCCGAGGUCUAUCUUGUUAUCCGACUCAACUCUUAUGAAUGUCCCAUCGAUCCAACACAGCCGGUGUACUUUGCAUUUGAUCCUCAGCUGGGGUCUAGGUCAUACACACUUUCUAGUCCUGAUGGGAGCACGUUGAGACUUGACCUACCCCUGACUAGUGUGCCACACCUAUUGGAAGAUCAGGAUACGUUUCAUGGGAUAUUGGCUCAGUACGCAGAAAUGCGUGACUCUGCUACUGGUAGCCAGGACUCCAAAUCCGCCGCUCAAGUUCCAGUUGCCUUAUCUGAAGGGUUAGUGUCCGGUGACCACGAAGCUAUGCGGGGCCGCCUUGUCCUAAUUGAUGAGGGUAACGGGGAGAUUGUUGGAGAGCUCGACAAUAAAGUGAACAUAAAUGAAGAUCCUUCUCUUCGCGCUCAGGGCAGGGAAAAUGAUCCAGUUGUGAUAGAGCUUCCAGAGGAUGAUAUUCACGUAGCUCUCGCUCGCGCAAUCCCUCCAGAGGAUCAAGACUGGAUAAUCAAGUCAGCUUCAUUGGCCAGCUACGUUAUAACUGGUACCACUAAGUUAUUACUCACUACGAUGACACACGCAUCAUCGUACUAUAUCAAUCACUCAACACCUCACCCUUCGGUGGCACCAUCAUCUUCGGGCUCUGCAGCUAGCUCGCUGCCACCACCGCCACCACCUCGGGCUCUCGUCUUUUUGACAUCUGAAAAUGCCCGCAAGGGUUUAUCCGCUGUCCACACGAUGAGCGCACAGGCAGCAACUUUGAGUACGAAGACAGUAUCCCUUGUCGAUAGCAUGGUCAAACGUGCCAUGGGCACAAAGAAGACCCAGCAGUCCCAGUCUGUGCACAACGGAAGUCCUUCCCUUUCCCCCAGGUCCACCUCCCCGCAACCUCCCCCGUAUUCAAGAGGAAGCGCUCUGCCGCUUCCCCGUCAAUCCUCGAGCACCUACCUAACACCAGAAUCAUCUACUCUACCUCUCCAGUCUCGAUCAUCCUCGCCCUCUUUAUUCCCAUCGCCGUAUCCCUCUAAGAAUAAACCACCUUUACCACCUCGACAAUCAAGAUCUCCAUCUCCGCAGCCAGGUAGUGCUCCUCCCUCUUCUCCACGGCCUCCUUUGAAGCUGCACCAUCGUCUUCUUCUCUCUGCGGAUCUGAUACUCUCCAGCCUGGAUUCUUCGAUGAAGCAAUUCGUUGACGUGGGAGGUCAAAACCUUGGCCGAGCUGUCGAACACAAAUAUGGUGCAGAAGCCGCACGCAGCGCUGGUUUGAUCACGGGCGUGACGAAAAACAUUGUGGCAGUCUACAUAGAUAUGAGGGGUAUUGGGAGACGAGCGAUCGUCAAACGUGCUGGCAAGGAAUUUGUAAGGGCAAGGAUGGGCCAUAACAACCAGGCUCCUCUGGGCUCUGAUAAAUGUUCUUCGGCGUAAUUUCUGAUUGUAUCUCUGGGAAACCUUACCACUUAAAUGAGAUUCCAACCGUGUUUAGAGAAAUGUGCUCCUGCACAUUUGAAUCAUAGUCUGAGAAUGAGACCACGCAAUAUUUCUGAGAUCUCGUUCUAGGCGACGAUUGGUAGGCAGCGCUUUAAAGCUAGAAGCUUUGAAGGAUG